GCUAUGUUAGCUCGCUUUGUGACGCUGCCUCUAAUACGUGCAGCGUCUCCCACUGCUCGGAUCGCAGGAUGUAAAUUAUCCGGAAUGCACUACUCGACGCGUCCGGUAAAGGGACUGGUCGAGACCGAUGAAUGCGCUAUCCCGGUUCAGCCAACUUGGUCUGUGAAUGAUCUCCUCUCUUCCUACCCUAAACCCUCCAUAUCCCCCGCGAAACUCAAGCACCUACACGAGCUAUCAGCACUGCUUCCGCCUGAAGAGGGAUCGGCCGAGCACGCGAUCUUGACCGAGGAAAUGCAAGACCUCGCAAAGCUGGUCGAAGCCGUGAGGCUAGCCGACCUCCAUGAGUUGGCGGAGGAGGGUGUGCCGGAUGGGCGCGUCUGGGCGGAUGGUAUAGGCAUUGACUUGAAGGAUCAAGACGGUGUGCCAGCCCUCGAGGACGAGGUUCGCGGGCGGGAUUUGUUGACUUGGGCACCUCGCAUGUCGAAUGAGAUGUAUGUCGUGGAGACAGAUAAACGGAGGAAAUGAGAGUCGGGGAGGAAAGUCAUUCAACAGUAAUGUGCUGCAAGGUCGCCGACACGGUACCUCAGUGUACGAAGAUGCAAAAGUAACGUGACUUUGCACGACAGAGGCCGGAACGGUCGAGGGUUCUGGGAAAGCCAUCCUGGAUCAGCCGUGAAGCUAUCAACCAGUCCGAC